AUGCAAUUCUCUACCGCCGCCGCUGUUGCCACCGUCUCCGCCGUUGUCGCCGCCCAAAACACCACCACCGUCGACAUGGAGUCCACCACCUUGGUGACCAUCACCUCUUGCGAGUCCCACGCUUGCUCCGAGUCCGUGUCCCCAGCUUUGGUGUCCACCGCCACCGUCACCGUUAACGACGUUGUCACCCAGUACACCACCUGGUGCCCAUUGUCCACCACUGCUGCCUCCAACGCCACCUCCUCUGCCGCCAGCUCCACUGCUUCCGUCACCUCUUACACUGGUGCUGCCGCCAAGGCUUUGCCAGCUGCUGGUGCUUUGGUUGCCGGUGCCGCCGCUUUGUUGUUGUAA